UGAUCGUAUAUAUAUAUAUAUAUAUGCUCCCUCAAAUUACGCCUGUGAGAAUUCAUGAGGGUCCUUGUCCUUAGACUAAGAUCACAACCACCAUCAUCUUCUUCAUCAUCAUCCUGAGUCCUGUCUUUAUUCUUCUCUUCUUGUUCUUCUUCUUGCCCAAGAUCUGAAAUCACAAUGGGGGGAACAGCAAAGCAAAGUUUUGAUGAUCUGGGCUUCAAGGGAAUUGAUGCUAAUGGCAAUCACCAACACAAUCAAUGGUUGAUCAUGGGAGGUGCAGAUGACAAUAGUGACACCAUAUCCAUGGAGUCUUCUUCCUUUGAAGAUUCAGAAAACUCUCUCGAAUCAUCAUCUUCCUUGGACUUGACAGAAGAUGCGUCUUCCUCAACAUCACCCCUCUCAAAUGGACCUCUAUAUGAACUAUCAGAGCUCAUGGCCCAGCUCCCCAUCAAGAGAGGGCUGUCCAAGUACUUUCAAGGGAAGUCGCAGUCAUUUACAUCUCUGGCAAGCGUGAAGAGCUUGGAGGAUCUUGCCAAAAAGGGGACUCCAAAUAGGAAGAAAAUGAAGUCAUGUAAAAGCUACGGAGGAGGUUUGGAUGUACACAAACUGUACACUCCAAAGGCUACCAUUUCAAAGAAGGCUUCAAGGGGAUCUCUUCUAUCUUCUCUAGGGAGGAGAGGUGUUAUAAUGGGUAGUUGUAGGCCUCCCAGUCCUCUCCAAAAGAACUUCUGAUGUACAACUUGCAUGGUUUUUUCAUUGCAAGUUGGUUUGUUUAUAGACUUACAGUACAUGCGAUCAUAGAUUAACUGAGGUUUUUCAUUAGUUGAGUUAUGCUUGCAACUCAUCUGCUCAUUUAAUCCAAGAACUGCGAGUUAUAUUCGUGUUUA